AUGAAAACCAUCCGCUACCGAUCCAGAACAGCAGAAACUAGAAGAAACAAGCCUGAUGCCCAGAUCAAGAUCGUCAUCAGCAUCACAGGCUCAUUAUGCAUCGCUCUGGCAACGGGUGCCACCAUACGGCCCCCAUCGUGGUCAAUAGGAAUCCCCGUUCCUAUGCCUGACGAGGUGGAAACUUGGAAACCGGAAAUUGCGUUCGGCGACAUCGCAUCCCCUCUUCCAACUGUCCCCGCUGAUCCCGAAACCACUACCACUACCACUGAUGUAGCAUCAACAACUACAAUUGAGACCCCGACGACCACAGUCACGACCACAACGGAAGCAAACACUGCCGCUCCGGAAACACCUACUUCGACGACUGAAGAUCCAUCCAUAACCGUCCCCACAACCACAGAGCUUACAAUAACUACCGAACAGAAAAAUAUUAAACAGCCAACUACCGAACAGCCCUCAACAGAAAAGCCAAAUACCGAACAGCCCACAACUGAAGCUCCUACAUUACCAACUACUACCGAACAUACAACAACAGAAGUGGUGACAUCACCAACUACUACCGAACAGCCAACAACAGAAGCUGUGACAUUACCAACUCCUACCGAACAGCCAACAACAGAAGAUGCGACAUUACCAACUACUACCGAACAGCCAACAACUGAAGCAACGACAUUACCAACUACUAACGAACAUACAACAACAGAAGUGGUGACAUUACCAGCUACUACCGAACAGCCAACAACUGUAGCUCCGACAGUAACAACUCUUACCGAACAGUCAACAACAGAAGCCGAAACAUUAACAACAACUACCGAACAGCCAACAACAGAAGCCGAAACAUUAACAACUACUACCGAACAAUCAACAACAGAAGCUGCGACAUUACCAACUACUACCGAACAGCCAGUAACUGCAGCUCCGACACUAAAAACUACCACCGAACAGCCAACAACUGAAGCUUCAACAACUACUUACGAACAGUCAACAACAGAAGCUGCGACAUUAACAACUUCUAACGAACAACAUAAAACUGAAGCUCCGACAUUAACAACUACAUUUACCGAACUGCAAACUCCAGAAAUUCCAACAACAACAGAAGCCUCGACAACAGCAACCACUACCGAAAAGCCAAAAACUGAGGCUACGACAGUAUUUACUACUGCCGAACCAAUAACAGAAUCUCCAACAACAACUACUUAUACCGGAGAGCGAACAACAGAAGUUCCAUUAACAACUGCAUCUACCGAAAAUCCAACAACAACUAGUUCAACCGGAAACCCAACAACAGAAAUUUCUUCUUUUACUGAACAGCAAACAACAGAGACGGUCCCAGAAAUUACAACGACUGAUGCGACAACAAAGAUUGUUCCCACAACCAACAUAACCGACACGACAACCGCCUUUAUUCCGCCGAUGACGACAGCGACUACCCCUGCGUCAACUUCAGCAACACCGAGAGUAAAUCCCCCAGUUACCAGAAAUCCCGACGUUUUACCGUCAAUCUCCAAAAAAGACGACGAUUUCGAUGAAGAGAAUUAUCAUCAUGAAGAGGAUUACGACGACCUUUAUGAUGACUUAAUGAAUGACAACGAUUUAUGGAAGGAUCGGUUAGACCAAAAGGACGAUCAUGUCGCUAAUAAUCACUGGAACUUUUGGUUAAAAGCGCUGAGACUGGCAAUUGACCAAGCGACUAAGCGUCCAGGAACAUUCCGCAGCUUCCGUUCGAGCCCAAUGUGA